AUGCUACCCUCAAGAUCUUUUUGUGUACUCGCCGAGGUGUUGCUUGUCUCUGCGUUAUCUACCCGGAACUCCACAGCUCCAAGCUACCGUCAAGACCUUCUAGAUCUGCACCGAGAGCUUGUCGAGAUCUCGUCAAACUCUGGGCUUGAGGAAGCGACGGGUAAGUAUCUACACAACUACCUGUCAGACAAAGGAUGGGCUGUCAAAGAUAUACCUGUGGAGCCGAGAUCCAACACGCCCGAGAACGCCACGCGUUUCAACAUUCUCGCUGGAGCCAAGGGCAGUGACACACUUGAAGCUAAGGUGCUGUUGAACACUCACUUCGAUACUGUUCCACCGCACAUCGGUUACUCAAUCGAGGAGGGUGAGAUCACUAGAGAUACUCAAAUCAGCGGUCGAGGUAGCGUAGAUGCCAAGGCCAGCCUAGCAGCCAUGGUUAUCGCGGUAACUGAGCUCGUCGAGGCCGGGGAAGUCACCCCUGAAGACGUCGGGCUCGCGUUUGUGGUCGGCGAAGAGGUGGGAGGGGAAGGGAUCAAAGCUCUUGGCCAAUACUGGACAGAAAACACUCCGUCCUUCAAUGCCAUCAUUUUCGGUGAACCUACAGAGGGAAAACUCGCAUGCGGCCACAAGGGAGGCAUGACCUGCACAUUGAAUGCAUAUGGAGUGGCAGGUCACAGCGGAUAUCCGGAGCUUGGCCGGUCAGCCACCGCUAUUCUCAUCAAAGCUCUCGACAAAAUCCUCGAGGCAGAUCUAGGCAGCAGCGUUCUCGUUGGUAACACAACGGUGAAUGUCGGGCAGUUGGAGGGUAUUGCUGUGAACAAUGUGAUUGCGGAUCACGCGCUCGCUGGCUUUGGAGUUCGUGUCGCGGUAGGCCCUCAAUCGGAGGGUGCAACAAUCGUCAGAGAAAAAAUACAGGGUAUUUUGGACGAGGUUGAUCCCGAAAAUCUCCUCCUCAGUUGCAAUCAGGGCUAUGGUCCUGUCGAGACAAAUUGCGAUGUUGAGGGUUUCGAGACGGAUGUAAUGAAGUACGGUACGGACAUUCCGAAACUUGAAUUGGACCGUGAGUUUAAGAAAUAUCUUUACGGCCCAGGAACUAUUUUUGUCGCCCACUCUGUAAACGAGAAUGUCACUGUGGGUGCUCUUGAGGAAGCUGUUGAAUCCUACAAGAAGCUUGUUCUCAACGCUCUUGACAGUUAG